AAAGAUUCCCAGGUGAUUCUAAUGUGCAGCCAAGGUUGAGAACCACUGGCUUAGAGAGUAAAGGAAGCAGCUGCUGGUGACUAACACUUGGAGUCACUGUUGUAAAGGCUAGGAUUGGAUGGGGUGGUAAACACACAAGACAUACAGAUGAUGUGUUUGUAGAAUUGUAUACCUGAAACCUGUAUUAUUUUAUUAACCAAUGUCACCCCAAUUAAAAAAAAAAAAAAGACUAGGAUGGGAGCUCUGGAGGUGGCUCUCACUCCUGGGCCAGCCCCAGUGACUGGUCAUUGGAAAGGGAGUGGCUCCUCAACUGCACUCCCCACCCCAGGCAGUGACUGGCUGUGAGGACUGCCUGGCUGCCCUGCUGGACCACGACGCGUUUGUGCUGUGCCGAGACUUCAAGGGCCGCACGCCCAUCCACCUGGCCUCUGCCUGUGGCCACACUGCGGUCCUGCGGACCCUGCUGCAGGCUGCCCUUUCCACAGACCCCCUGGAUGCCGGCGUGGAUUACAGCGGAUACUCGCCCAUGCACUGGGCCUCCUACACUGGACAUGAAGAUUGUCUGGAGUUGUUACUUGAACACAGCCCAUUUCAAUACCUGGAAGGAAACCCCUUCACUCCUUUGCACUGUGCAGUAAUUAAUAACCAGGACAGCACCACAGAGAUGCUGCUGGGAGCUCUGGGUGCCAAGAUUGUGAACAGCCGAGAUGCCAAAGGACGGACCCCUCUUCACGCCGCUGCCUUCGCGGACAACGUCUCUGGGCUCCGGAUGCUGCUGCAACAUGAGGCUGAGGUGGAUGCCACUGACCACACGGGCCGCACCGCGCUCAUGACGGCGGCUGAGAACGGGCAGACUGCUGCUGUGGAAUUUCUGCUGUAUCGAGGGAAGGCAGACCUAACUGUGCUGGAUGAGAACAAGAACACUGCCCUCCACUUGGCUUGUAGCAAGGGCCAUGAGAAAUGUGCCCUCAUGAUCCUGGCAGAAACCCAAGACCUUGGCCUUAUCAAUGCUACCAACAGUGCGCUGCAGAUGUGA